AUGUUCUGCAGAUAUUUUUGCUUCUUCAGUCUGUGUCUUUUCCUUCCAACCCAAAGGAGGUGCUCCCUGGGACGCAUGUUCCACUUGUGUGGCAGCCACACAGCAUCCCUCCCUGGAUGUGAGAACCUCACCAAGGGAUACAACAAGUAUCUCUGGUACCACCUUCAGUGGUAUGUUGGAGAACCUGUUCAAAUUGCACUGAGUCUGGACAUUGCAAGUAUUUCUAGUAUAUCUGAGAGUGACAUGGAUUACACAGCUUCUAUCUAUCUGCAGCAGCGCCGGACAGACCCCCACUUGGUCUUUCACAGCAACAAGAGCUUCACGUUGGAUGCUUGUCCCAGUUCCUUCUUUUCCUACAGGAUCAUUACAACUGUUGCUUGUAACAUGGACCUGUCAAAAUAGCCCAUGGACACACAGAUGUGCAGACUGCAGCUAGAAAGCUGGGGAUAUGAUGAAAACGAUAUCAUCUUCAAGUGGCUGAGAGGAAACAACUCUGUCCAUGGCAUAGAAGAGCUGCGUCUCUCUCGGUACACGGUGGAACGUUACUACACCGUCGUCUCAAAGACACAGCAGGAAACAGGCAGUUACCCACGACUGAUACUGCAGUUUGAGCUGAGAAGAAAUGUCCUUUAUUUGGAAACCCAUGUGCCCUCCACUCUGCUCGUCAUGUUGUUCUGGGUUUCUUUUUGGAUUACAUUGGAUUCAGUACCUGCAAGAACUUGCAUUGGAGUAACAACAGUGCUUUCCAUGACAACUCUGAUGAUUGGGUCACGAAGUUCACUUUCAAAACCCAACUGUUUAAUUAAGGCCGUUGAUAUUUACCUUGGCAUCUGCUUCAGCUUCAUCUUUGGUGUCCUUGUGGAAUACGCAGUGUCUCACUACAGCUCAUCACAAAAGUGUGCAGCUAAAGCACCUCAAGAGGGGCCUUCAAAUGAACUCACUAAAGACAUGGAAGAAGUCGACAUUGCUAACAUCCUCACGAGCUACAGACUGAAAACCAGCUUUACAAGCAUUGAGAAUUCUGGUCAUAAUGUUAAUUGCAGUAACUUGACAAUGAAAACUCAUGAGAAAAUCAAACGUGUCUUGAGAAACAAAAUGCACAGGAUUAUUAGUUAUUUCACUAUCCAGAACCCCAGCAAUGUAGACCACUACUCCAAAUUGCUUUUCCCUUUGUUCUUCAUGCUGGCCAAGGUGGUUUUUUGGGCUUACUACCUAUACUUUUAG